AUGUUAUAAACAUAUAAUAUAUAAAAUAAUUUAUAUAUAUAUAAUGUUCUUCCCGCACAAGGUGCGGGUCUUAACCUAGUGUAUUCCAUAAUUCUGUAACAUUUUUAUAUCUUUGAUAUAUUUUAGAAGUAUCCUAACGCGUUUCAAUCUCUAUACACGUUUUCCUUUUUGUAAAUCAAUCCUAGUGAUCUUUUUUGUAGUAAAAAAAGUAGUCAGUCUUAAUUUCAUAUUUGGUCUUGUACCGAUCAAAUUGCUAUAAAACGUUGGGCUAUUACAAGACAAACACAAAAGGAAUGCUUAUAAAUUAAAAAAACAAAUACGACUGAUUUCAAACCACUCCCUUGCCUUUUAAUUGUCAUCUUUUCGUAACUAUGCGGACUAAUUGGAGAGUUUAGUUGAGGCUUAUUUGGAUUCAGCUAUUUGGAUUAAUCUGAGGAUUGACUUAUUUAGGUUUUAUGUGAUUUCUAAUCAAAUCUUUCGUUAUGUCUCUCUUUCCAUGCUUUCAUGCUCGUAAUUUUUUUUUUAUACGAGUAUUGUAAACAAACCUAGUAGAGGCGAAAGUAAAUGUUGUUUUUUGUGGUAAAUAGGUGUAAAUAUUUGGUUUGCUAACAAGAAGAUAACAAGUUUAAGCUAAUUGCUAAAUCGCAAGUAACAAAAUAUUUUUUGUGUGAUUAGUGAUUUACUAGAGAAUUAUAUGGAGUACCAUAAUUCAUUGAACACUGAUAGUCUUAUUCACCUGGAAGUGUUGCAAUGGUCAUCUAGUGGUAUUUUGAUUUGAAACAAAGCAUAAACUCAGUUUUCCCUUGAAUUCGAAUUUUCAAGGAAUACCGCCACUUCUAUUGUAUUAGGCAACUGAUUUUGGGAUGUGGUCCAGGUGUUAUAAUCUAAUGUGUUGCCUUUUAACUGGCUACACACCCUCGCUCGAGAUGAGUCCGAUCUGUUUUGGCUGCAUAUUUCAUCGAUCUCUCCAAAGAAGGUUCGAGCGGUAAACUCCUAGCUAGCUUCGUAGCAAUAUUUUUUAAAAUUAUGAUGAAAUACUGGCUAAUCACAUUGCUAAUAUCACACUACUUUGCUUCUUGGAAUUAGCUAUAUAAACUUGCUAUUAUUGGCAAGUUAAUAAUCUAUCAUAGGAUACGUUAUAUAAUCUUGCUAAUAAUAUUUGCAUGAGAGGGAAACAACCAUAUACGGUAAUAGUUACGAAAAGAAAUCGAUAAAACUGAUAUAUACAUUUUUGGAUACUGUACAUUAAUAUACCAUGAUAGGAAAAGCCAAAUCAUGUCUACCAAACAUAAAAAUACAACACCAAAAGUAUAAUUAUCUCUAUAUAUAUAAAACCAUCUUUAUAUGUACCCAACACAUUUGACUGCUCUUUCAUCUUUAAACUUGCCUCAAGAUCCUAGCUUUAGGGUUUCAACAUUUCUUCAGAAAUAUCUCUCUACCGACUGAAGCAACAUAUGCAAAAUAUGGAGUGUGAUAGAUCAUCGUCGUCCACAUCAUCAGAAAGCGGGGCCGUUCUUCAUCAUCUUACUACAUCGUCCACUGUGACGAGACGAAUGUACGAGUGCACUUUCUGCAAAAGAGGUUUCACGAACGCACAAGCUUUGGGUGGUCACAUGAAUAUCCAUCGACGUGACCGUCUCAACAAGGCGGCCAAGCAGCAAAAUGACGCUGACGUAGCACUCUCCAGUGCUCGAAGAUGUUUCCACGUGGCAUCAUCUGAUCGUGGAGGCUACGAGCAAGUUGAAUCCGUCGUGUUUAGGGCGACCACGAACUUGAGCUUACGAAUCGGUUCGAUGGUUACAAGGAGAGAAAACGUGGUCGUUGAAGGAGAUGAAAUCGAUUUGGAGCUACGUCUUGGCUUAUGAGAUCAUCAACCACUACAUCAAUAUUUGUGUAAUACCUUUUUGGAUUAUUAUAUGGUUUUCGGGGUUGAUAUAUAUAUGUAAGCUAGGGAGCAUAUGAGGAGUUCAUUAUAUGUCAAGGUAAGAUAGUUUUGGGCGUUAUCUAAUUAUGCAUGUUUUGUGAUCAAUCAUUGAGAUAUACUACAUCUUUAAUCUUUAAAUUGUAUGUCACAAAUAUUACUACAAAUACCAGCGUAGUGAUUUUUGUCUUUUGAUAUAAAACUCUUUGCUACGGAAAAAUUUAAACAAAAAACUUAUCAUAUUAUUAAUUGAGAACAAGAUUAGGUGAAAACAUUAUAACUUAUAACUUAAUUAACUAAAAUGUAACAUAUCUAAGAUGACAUAUAUGAUGAUUCAAAUAUAUGAUUUAAUUCCAUACAACAGCCGGCAAUAGAAACUUGCUUACAUGGCUUAUACAAGAUUAGCUUAACAAGACUAGUUUUAAUUAUCACAAGUUCAAUAUCGGUUCAUCUUAAAUCAUGUUGUUCUCCUGAUCAAAACUUGCUAGAUUAUCAUGCUUUCGAAUUCUUGUUUAAAAUCAUAUUAUAAAUUUUGAUGUAUAUUCUAAACAUAUUCAUAGUAUUUGGUAUUAUUUAGGGUUUAUGCUACAUUUAUGGUUUGGAUAUACAGUUUUAAUUCGAACUAAUUCAGUUGUUUUCCAAUUUUAUAUUAUCACUUUGAAAUCAUACAUUUACAUUUAUAACAAUUUCUUAAUACUAUAAUGUACUAUUAUAUUGUAUAUUAGGGUUUAAGAUUGAAAAACAUGUAAGGUUUAGUUUUUAGGGUAUAGGGAAUUUGCUUUCAAAACUAAAGUAUGAUACACGAUAUAUUUUGUUGUAUGAUUAAAAUAUUUUUACAAUAGUAUAAUAUUUGAUUGAUUGAUAACUACGUAAAAUGUGAUAUUUGAUUUUUAUAUUGUUUUUAAAAAUUACACUUCCUAUAAUUUCUGAUUACCGAAAUAAUCGCACCUAUACGAGAUAUCUUUGUAAAGGAGAAUAUGCCAAACAUAUACCAUAAAUAUGUUUAACCAUUAAUUUAAAUAUAACAUGUUAUGUGAGGUAAAAUAAUCAAUUUUAAAAAUUUCUUUAAACAUGGUAUAGUACAUAUAUAUAUAUAUAUAUGAGACUAUUCUAAUGACGCUUUGGUUAAUCAGUCAAAUACUAAUUUUAUGUUCCGUCUACUUUUUUCAUAAUGUGUUAAUGUUUCUUCAUGAUAUUAGAAAAUACUAAUCCAUGCUAUUUUUUUAAUAAAUUAAGGGUACAAGAUUGCAUGUAUUUAUUGAGAAUAAAGUUUUGCAGAAACAUAAGCAACUUUUAAAUGAAGGGCAAGCUUUAUCAAUCAACACAAUCAGUCUAAAAGGAUAUGGUGGUGAAUUCAGGACAUGCAAGUAAAUUUUCAUACAAAUUAUCUAUCAUAAGAACAAUUAAUACCAAAGCUUAAUUUGACGGACUUUUUGAUUUUGUAGCAAAAAUAUUUUCUUUUGUCAACGUAGCAAAAAGAUUAUUUCACCGAUUAUGUUAAGAUAUGUUAGAUGGCAAGUAUGAAAGAAACAUACAUAUACUUAAAAAUAUGAUUGUAUAUUCAUUACAAAAAAUAAUGAUUUCAAAGUUUGACAUUAAUAUUAUAUUUAUCGGUUAUAAAUUGACAUAGGAAAAAUGCUUGACUAAUAGACAGAAAAAAUCAUGUCCGAUAAUGAAAUAUUUUAAUAUACAUAAAUGUUUCAUAAUUCCAAAAGAUAAAUAAACUAUCUUUAUAUAUAAGAGCAAGUGCAUCAAUAGAACUUUUAGAAUGGUCCUUAGAGUAUUUAAUUAGUUUAUGUAGUUUAGGACUUUGGUUAAGGACUUUUGUUAAAAUGUUGAUUAUGGGUGGGACUUUUGAUAAGUCCUUAGGUUUUUUAAAUUACAAACAUUUUAUUAGUGGAAAAAAAUACAAAGUUGAGAAAUUAAAACACACAAUUUAUUCAUAGAAACUUAAAAUUACAUAUUAUUCGGAAGAUAUCCAAAUUUAACCCAUAUAUUUUCAAUCAAAUCGUCUUUUAAGUUUUCAUGGAUUUGUCUAUUCCGAAGCCUCGUUCGACGAUCCAUUGAAGUGCCGACAUUUUCACUGAUAUUCGAAGGCAUGUUGACGGUAAAUGUAUCCGGAACUUCUCUUGGUUGAAACUCAAAUUUGUUAUACUGAGUGAAUGAUGCCCGUUCAUCUUCGACAAUCAUAUUAUGGAGUAUGAUACAUGCUCUCAUAACAUUUCCUAUUUUCUCUUUAUCCCAUAACUUUGACGGAUUUUUGACAACGGCAAAUCUAGCUUGAAGGACUCCGAAGGCACGCUCGACAUCUUUUCGAACUGAUUCUUAGGUUUGAGCAAAUAAUGAAUGCUUCUGAUUUUGUGGUAGUCGGAUAGAUUGAAUAAAAGCCGCCCAUUUCGGAUAAAUACCAUCAGUGAGAUAAUAUCCGAAAUGGUACUGAUUAUCAUUAACAUAGAAGUUUACUUGUGGCGCGAUGCCAUUAAUAAUGUCGUCAAAAACAGGUGAUCAAUUAAGAAUAUUUAGAUCGUUCAUAGUACCUGGUGCUCCAAAAAACGCAUGCCAUAUCCAGAGGUCAUACGAAGCUACGGCCUCCAACACAAUUGUCGGUUUUCCGGUUCCUCGUGAGUACAUUCCUUUCCAAGCCGUGGGACAAUUCUUCCACUCCCAAUGCAUACAGUCGAUGCUUCCAAGCAUCCCCGGAAAUCCACGUUGUUCUCCGAUAUGUAGUAGUCUCUGCAGAUCCUCCUGUGUUGGACGUCGUAGAUAUUCUUUGCCAAACAAGGUUAUUAUUCCGGCGGUAAAUUUGUGCAAACAUUUUCGAGCCGUUGAUUCGCCUAGACGGAUAUAUUCGUCCACCGAGUCCGCCGCAGCACCGUAUGCCAAUUGUCGAAUUGCUGCAGUACAUUUUUGUAGAGGUGUGAGACUUGUCCGUCCGGUACAAUCUUCUGUUAGUCAAAAAUACGGAAUCUCUGUGGAGAAACGAUUCACAAUACGCAGGAACAAACUUUUGUUCAUUCGAAACCGUCGGCGGAAAAGAGCGGGAGAGUAAGUUGGAUUGUCGGCAAAAUAAUCAUUCCAAAGCAAGGUGUGGCCUUCUUCCCGGUGUCUCUCAUGAACAUUACGGCGUUGUCUAUCUUCUGGUUCUUGUACGAGAGCACAAUUGUUAUAAAAUUCUUCAUAAGGAGUAUCAAGAUCGAUCUCAUCAUCAUCAUCUUUAUGAUAAUGAUAAUGGGAUGAAGAAGCCAUUAUAAAUUAAUGAGAAGUGGUUGUGAUUGUUUUAGAAGUGAAUCGACAAUGGAAAGUUAUGACUCUAUAAUUGAAAGACAUGUUAUAUUUAUAGCUAUACAAUAUGUGAACCAAACACGUUUUCUCAUAUUACAACUAAUUUUAGUUAUUUGAAUAGGUAUAUGUAAAAACACGUUUUCUCAAUAUUACAACUAAAAGUAGUUGGGAGAGUAGGUACAUGAUCACACACGUUUUUCUUUUAGUUGAAACAAGUUCAAUUUUUGAAUGAAGUAAGAGUUUUGAUAAAAAUAAUGAAUCAAGACUUUGAAACAAGAUUUAAUCCGAGUUAGAUAGGGUUACAUAAUCCGAGUUGAACAAGAUUUAACAAAACACAUGGAUAAACACAAGACAUAUAAACCUACAUACGAGCAGCUACUCCAAUGGCUAUUAUCACUAACACAACAACCAGAACACCUACAACUAGUUCAAAUCUAGAUUUCUUUCUACCUAAGUCACAGACAAUGCUCUCCAACCUAACCAAUUUCUGCUCCACAUCAAAUUGAACUUCCUUUAACUCCCGCAGCUCGGUCUCCUCGUAACCGACGAAUGAAAGCGAAUCUACCUUAUCAGUGAGGAGGUUCACUUGUGCACCAAGUGCUUUGAUCUCCUCAGUAGCCGCGACGUCCCACCACUUGUAGACAUGGCAGUCUCCGUCCUGUUUGUUCUUGCAGGUGUAGAGCCUUCUCCCCGGGUCAGUUCUUGUGUAAGAAGUGGCUACAAGUGGCUCUCCACCACAGUAGCACUCCUUGGGGAAGCCAAACUCCACUUCAGGCUGCGGAGGGUACUGAUGGCGCGCGGCUUCGAUCUGAGCUUGGUCCAGCUGGAUAUACAUCUCUGUAGAGCUGUUUCCACUGUCUGCUGAACCUCCUAAACCGCAAUCCUCCGACUCAGACGGCUGCGUGUACGAAUAAUCCAAUCCCAUUUCCUGAGAAUAAUCAAAACAGAACACAUUAGAUAGAGAAUAUAAUUUAAAAAACAGAACAUAGAACACAGGUCACAACACACAUUAAACUGAAAUUAAUUCUUAUAAUUAAACACCAACAAUUAUAAUUUAAAAACAGAACAUAGACCACAAGUCACAGCUUCUCCUCCAACACUAGACGCAUAACACAAACAUAAUAGAUAUUACACAACAUAGACUCUUAGGAUUUAAAAACUAGAAAAAUUCGGCCAACAGCAUGUUCUUCACAUUUUCUUCCCUCUCGGUUGGCUCCUUCUUAGCAAGGAGAGUGUCUAAAAUGGCCAGCUUCGAGAGCCUCUCCUUCUUCGCCAAAUCCUCCAUCUUGAGCUCAUGGACACUCUUAAAGUCCUCGACAGCCAUCCCCUUCCUAGAAUUCCUUUUUGCUUUCGCAGCUUUGAUACCUUCAGGACGGGGCUUUUCCUCACCAACGUUACUGCUUGAUGGUUGGGAACCAUCCUCACCAGUCUUUCUCUUCUCACCGCCAGACUUUGGAGUGUUCAGGCUCAGCCACUUCUGUUCGUAUCUCAGAAGACACCAUGCAUGGUCCAAGGUGAACUUGGAGCCGUGAUCCGCAAAGUAUAUCUCAUGAGCUUUCUUCACUAAGUCGUUGUCAUUAUGUCCGCUACUUUGAAGCCUCUCCACAGCUGCGUAUGCUGCACAAUACUUGUUUGUAUCUCCAUUGAUUUUAUGCCAUCUCUGCUUACAAUGCUCGCCAUCUCUCUUCUCAUGAUGAGCUGCUGAAAAGUAAUGUCCUACGCGUUUCCAGAAAUUCCGGCACUUCUGUUCAGUGCCGACAACAGCAUCUUUUGAUGUGUUUAGCCAGACACUUAUCAGGACCUCGUCAUCAACAGGAUUUCAUUUCUUUCUCACCAACCGCUCCACUGGUGUCUCCACUGGUGGGUUAUCAGGCUGGGAUGGAGCUAUUAAGCUCUACCAUAUUCUAUCUGAUUAAAUAGGACAAAUAUAACCAGGUAAUAACUCCAUAACACCUAACCAUUAUCUACCUAAGUCUAAUCAACACUUAUUAUAAAACUACAAGUACAUAGCUAUUAACUCUAGUACGGGGGUUAAAUAGAGAAGUACAACCUAUCAAGUUUGAUGAGAAGCAACAAGAGUAGGCAAUAAACUACCAAGGUCUAAUCAGUAGUUACUGCACACUACACAACUAAAAAGAAAAGCGAAUUGAACAAACAAUUUCAUUAAAUUGAAAAGAGGAUUUGGUUUCAAACAGAGUACAAUGAUAUCCACAAAUUGAUCCUAUAAUUCUCACCAAUGCAACAAGACAGGACAUUGAUACUAUAACUAAGUCUCACUAUUCAUAUUUGGUUGAGAACAAACUUAACUUAACUCCUAUAACAGUUAUGAAUUUGCUUUCCGCGAACAGGUUACAUACUUAAUGCAAUCGAUUUAUGAGUUUCAAAUGUCUAUGUCCAUGCCCUGUAAUAAACUUAACUUACCUUCUCGUGAAUACUUAAUCAGAUACUCAUCAAUUUCUUUCUAAAACGAGUUAAUGAUAUGAGUUUCAAAUCCAUGCUUUUCUAAUCGAAUAAGUUUCAUAUCGAAUGAGUUUCUUCUUAGGAACACACAAACAUCAAGUACUAGUUUCUAUCAGAAAGUUAGAAAACAAAACAACAGAUAGACAUUCACAAACAAAGGAUUCUCAGACAUGGCAUUCAAUCACAAACACCAACUAUUCAAUCACAAACACCAUGCAUACAAUCAAAUCGUCACAAACCCAGAUACACACGAGAUAGAUCGACAAGUUGAUACACUAAAUCCAAAAGCGACAGACAGAGGAUUCAGCGAUACCUGGUAAAGAUUCGAAUCGGCGGAGAGAUCGGUGGAGUGAUCGAGGGAGACUGCGACGGAGACAGCUACGCCGAGAGAUGGACGGAGAGAUCGAGGGCGAGAAUAGACGGCGAGAUGGACGGAGAGAUCCACGGAGAGAUCAAGGGAGACAGCGACGGAGAGAUCCUCGGAGAUAUCGAGGGAGACAGCGACAGAGGCAGCUACACCGAGAGAGGUGUUUGAUUGGGUUGAAAUCGCCGUCGAGAGAGAGAGAAGGGAGAGGAUGAGAAUGACUUCGACACGGUUUAUUUCGCUUUCCCAACCCUAAAACGUGCUUCCCCUCCCACGAUGACAUGUGCCCUUAAGGACGCGAUAUCAAAACUUCUUAAUUAACAUACAUUUGCUUCGGUUUUAUGUAAUUUCAAUUUAUUUUAACUGUUUUAAUUCCUAACGACUUUGGUUAAGGACGCCGAUGCUGACGCCCUAAAGAAAGGUUUCCUCUUUCCAGAGCCUUCCACGUCAGAUGCCAGGUCAAUAAGUUGAGGUCUCACGUUACGACACCUGUCCCUGCCCACAAAACGCUAUGCUUUGUUAAAUGCACGUUUGUUUAAUAUUGUGCCCAAGAAAACGUACUCAAUAAACCUAAUCUGAUACGGCUGAAGCAAGUGUAUUCUUUUCUCUACGGUGGCGCUCGAGUUUCUUCACCGUUACUGGAUCAGAUUUCGUUAUGACGCCCACCAAAUAUGCUUUAGCAUGUCAACAUACAUUCGCUAUCACUUAGUCUUGGAAGGACAGGAAGAAUAAAAGAAUAUUAUAUAUUUGUAUGCUAUUCAUAAUUUUGUUUAAAAAAGAAAAUUAUUUUGAUCAUAAUAGACCACAUACGAGUGUUUGUUUGUCGGUUUAGGAUAGUUCUACGCUUUUCGUGAGAUUGUUUUAACUCAUGAUAUUCAGUAUUGGAAAGAAAAAUAAUCACAGAUUCUUUAUGCGGAUUGUCCUUACAUGAUUUCCCUGUUAUCCUAUUCAAAUCUGUACAGGCCAAUAUCAGUGGAUUUGAUAUGAUUCAAAAUCUAAAUUCAUCAUUCAAAGCUUGCCUUAUCAUGCACUGCGCUAUCAAAACAAAAUGAUACCAAAUCAUUGUACUUUAAUAUAGUAUUCUCCAAUUUAUUCUCAUGACUAUUACGGUUUUAAAUUUUUUUGUUACAAACACAUAUUUCUACGCAUCAAAAGGGCGAGAAUAUUUUUUUUGUUUUUCUUAAAAAAAUUUAAUUUUCAUAGUUAUGUAUUUUUUUGUAACCAUAUUUGUGUUUAAUAUUAAUUUAAUCUAAUAUAAUUUUUGGUAACUAUAUAAAUAUAUCAAGUUGCAUAAUUAUUUGUAAAAAAUUAUUUCUAAAGUUUGCAACAUAUUAUAUAUUUUUAGUAGUUACCUAACAUAAUUAGUCAAUAAUAUUCAUACUUAAAAAAUCCGAAUCGAUCCAAAAAUCAAAGUCUCACAUUCUAUUAGAUUUCUAAUAGACAUGACCUAUAUAUUUGAAUGGUUCUUAAAGUAUUAUAUCCGAAAACCAAUGUCAAAUUCAACCAUCACCGAAAACCAAACAAAAUUUUGAAAAUUGUUUGAACAUAAUAAAUUUUAUAUUCUGUUAUAUAUAUAUAUAUAUAUAUAUAUAUAUAAAUGGAUUAAUAUGAUUUUUACUAUCUUUAAGUAAAAUCACAUUUAAUAUAUAUUUUUUAAAUCGAGUAACCUAUAUAAAAUCCAACUAAAUGAAUUUAUAUGAAUAUUUAUUUCUAUUAAAAAUUCACAUAACAAGAUUUUACCAUUGUUUUAGUUUGUUCUCUUUAGGUUUUAAAAAAAUAUUCAUUCGUAUAUUUUGAUAGAAAAAAAUAUAUGGAAAUAAAAAUUCAAAAGUAAAAUCGUUUUAGUAGUUCCUAAGUGUUGUUUGAAAAUCAAAAUUUAGUUUAUUAUAAGCAAUAUAUAUAUAUACAUCAAAUAUAUUAUAUUUAAAUAUUUAUUUAGAUUUAUAUAUUAUGUAUUUAAUGUAAACGAUAGAUAUAUGUAUAUAUAUUAAAAAUAUAUUUUUCAUAUAAUUUUAAAAUCAUUUGUAUUUUAUUAUAGAAAUUAAAAUUUUAAUCACAAAUUUUUCAUUGGGAUAUAAAAAAUAUUCAAAUACAAUGACAUGUAAAAUAUUUAAAUGAUAAAAAAAUAUAUUAGACAUUUAUUCUAAUUGUUAAAAUUAUUUUAAAAUUUACAUCCCGCCCGUAGGGCGGGCCGGUCCUAGUCUACUAUAAAAUUAUACUCAAAAUUUUAAGAGAUUUUUUUACAUUCAGCUUACUCUUACUACAAAAAACUUUUAUUCCUAUGCGUUGUAUCACUGCUAUAAAAUUAUACUCAAAUUAUUUUCUCUUAUCCUCUGUAGUAUUACUAAAAAUUGACUUUAUUCUACCCUAAUAAUAUUUUGGGAAAAUUGUUUUUCUAUAGCAAAAAAUGAUAACUACGUCUCUUUAAACUAAUCUCAUAUACUUUAUCUCUUAUUAAGCUAAUUAUUUUCAAAAUGGCAAUAAUGUCCUUAAAAUGUAAUUUUUAAAUAUAAUAAAUAAUGGAUUCGAUCAAGCAGGAUCGAUCGAUCCAAAAUUGCAAGGUCGAACGGAUCGAUCGAUCAUGAUCAUUAUGCAGAAAAAAAUGCGGAGCAUAUAGUAACCGACCUGGUCCAUUUUAAUCGAUCGACAAAGGUUAAUUUCAUACAGAUCGACCGAUUUCGAAUUAUAGACCGAUCGAUCCGUGGAAGCAUAGAUAUGAAUCAUGGUAGAAAUAAUGUGAAAUUUUUGUGAACAUUUUGUGAACAACAAUCAAUGAAAUAUAGAAUACAGAGUGAAAAGAAGGUUACCACUUUUUUAUUCUUUUUUUUAAAUCAAUUUUUUCAAAAUAAGAAAGUGAAUAUUCCCAAAUAUUUUGUUUCCAUAAUUUUAGGAACUGAUUUCUUUUUUUUAACGCAGAUUUAUUAUGAUCUUACAAUUAUAAUAUGAGAAAGAUUACAUAGACGAUUCGACAACUAACAAUACUACCCGCCUUAUGAAGACCUACGUCUAACUGUAUCACCUGAGCCGUCCUAUGUAGAUCUACGUCUGACCAGAUUUACUUGCAUUAUGUUGAAGAUCCCUUGCAAGCCUUUCCUCUGUUGUUUGCAUAAUUGUUUAAUAAACCGUUCUCUCCGGGACUUGAAACCUGGAUUUUUUGUAAUCUGCAAUAAAUUGUAUAGUCUGGGACUAAAACCCCAGACUUGAGUGUAGAAACCUUUAAACAUUAACCAGUAGGCUAUGGUGCUUCCGCAUGAACUGAUUUUUUAUCCGUAGAAUACCACUAAAAUGUAGAAAUCGGUUUCUACAAAUUUUUAGAAUUAUAGUAAUGUGUAGAUUUUGAUUUCUAGAUGUUUUAAAUUUACAGUAAAACUGUAGAAGUCGGUUUUUACGUGUUUUAAAUUUAUAUUAAUGUGUAGAUUUUGAUUUCUAAAGAUUUUAGAUUGGUAGGUUAAGCGUGCAAUGUAUAUUCUAAGUAUUUUUUGAAUACUCUUAUUUACGUAAAUCACGUAUUUCUAAACAUUGUAGAUUCAAUGAAAACAGUGGAUUUUGUUUUCUACUUCGUAGAAUGUCAUUUCUAUUUGAUUUAGAACAAAAUCUGAAAACUAUGAUUUAACCAUUUUUAGAGCUGAAAAAAUAUUAUUAAGUUCAUUUAGGUAUUUUAUCAAUAGUUAUUAUUUUUCCAAUUUUUUUGUUUGUAAAACUAUUUAUUAAAAUUAUUUUAAAAAUUUUAUAGACAAAAAUAACACAAAAUAGAUAUUAGUUUAAAAAAACAUAGUUAUCAUUUUUUUUGCUCUUAGAAAACAAUUUUCCCAAAUAUUUUUACAUUACAUUUAUGUAACUCCCCUCAUGGAUGAAUAGUUAAAUACGUAAUGCUCGAUACUUAUAUAUUAGAUCACAAUUGGAUUAACUAAUGCCUAACACAACAUUAUUGACUGAACAUUAACUAGAUUUCGAUCCUCAUAACCGCGUAGGUGUUUGUUUUCCGUUUUAUAUACGUAGAUAUUUAUUUUAGAUAAUUAGUAGUAUACAUUUUUGAAAAAUUAAUCAUAUAUUUACAUGUUUAUAUAACUAUUUCAGAUAAAAUAAUUUAACAGUUAUAUGUUGUAGUUACACAAUUAUUUAAAACCGUCGUAUGUAUUUGUUGCUAUUUAUUAUAGAUUUAUUUUACUGUAUUUGCAUUUAGUUAUUAAACAAAUUAAUAUAUGCAUGAAACAACAUAUUUGAAUAUUAUUUUGUAUUUAAUUUAUGCUAAAUUUUAACACGCUUUACAAAACUUAAUUUCUUUUUAGAUUUUUUUUACUUUUAUUCAUUUUUGAUAAUAUAUUAUUAUAUAUAAAAAAAAUCUUAAUUUUAUACAUGUAUUAUAAAUUUUGCUAAUGUUAAGUUGUUCUGUCAUUGUGUUAUAUUUUUAACAUGAAUAUUUUACAUAUAUAUGAAAGAAAAAAUUAUAAAUUUGCAGUUUAAUAUAAAUUUAUCAUUUUAGUUCAAUAUAAUAAUUUUAUUUUAACAUGAUUGAUUAUGACUAUAAAAUAGAUAAAAGGAAAUAAUUUUUCAUUUUAUAAAUGAUAACUGAAUAUAUUGAUGUAUAAUAAUACUUAAAAACUAAUUACGAAGUCUUGUUAAAAUAUUUACAUAUAAUUUUUGAAAAUUAAGAUCUUGUUAAAAAAAAAUUCAAGCUGAUUUAUUAGAUUUUUUAAAAUAUAUUUUUUUUAUUUAAAAUGAAAAAUAUUAAUAGAAAUUAUGAUUAUAGUAGUUCAAAGAUUCUAUGUGUUGUUAGUUUUAAUAAAAUACAUUUAAUAAAAUUUCAAAAGAAUAGUCCAAAUUAAAAAAUCAUACAUGAAAGAAGUCAUAUGAUUAUAAUAGUUCAAAGAUUCUAUGUGUUGUUAGUUUUAAUAAAAUACAUUUAAUAAAAUUUCAAAAGAAUAGUCCAAACUAAAAAAUCAUACAUGAAAGAAGUCAUGAAUUCUAUUUUAAUAUAAUAGACUAGAUUUGAAGCCACACGUACGUGCGGAUAUAUGUUUAUUUUUAAAAUAAUAUUUAAACAAUAAAAUAAGUUAUAAAGAAAUAUCUAAUAUUAAUUUUAAAUAUAUAAUAUUAUUUUAAAACUUAUAUAUUUUUUGAAUUUCUUUUUUUUUGAUGAAAUUGUACUAAUCAUAGAUUAAUCAUUUAUUUUGUUAAUUUAUUUAAAAAUGCAACAUCAUAUUAAUAGCUUAAUUGUAACAUUAGUUUUACAUGAAUUAUUACAUUUUUUUAUUAAUUUUUGUUUAAAAUUUUAUUAAUUUUUGUUUAAAAUUUUAUUUAUUUUUGUUUAAAAAUUUAUUAAUUUUUGUUUAAAAUUUUUAUUCUCGAAUUUUUUUAUGUGACCAAAUUAAAUUAUUUAAUAUUAUAUUUUAGAAUAUUUUUUAUUUUAGUGUAUUAUAUUUCAGUUUGGUGUUCUUAGUUUUAUUACGAAAUCAAACAUAAAAACUUACAACCAAUAAAUUAUUAUUUAUUUUGUUUAAAAAAGUUAAUAUGAUAAUUUCAAAAAUAAUAGUGGUGUACUAUUUAAUUUUAAAAUUAAUUACUGAAAUAUAUAUAUAAAAUUUGGUAGAUUAAAUAUGAUAAACAAUAAGAAAAUAUCAUAAUGGAAAUAUAUUUGGCUUUUCUUAGGAAUGUUAUUGUUUAGAUGUAUAUUGCUUAUUUUUUUCUGUUAGGAAAAUAUCAUAUAUGAGUAAAUUUAAGAUAUGUAGUUAAGUUUCUAAUUAAUAACAUAGAUUUUUGUAUGGUAAAUAAAAAAUAAGAUUCUAAAUUAAUAAAUUAGAUAUAUCAUUUUUUAAUGUCUUACCAAAAUAUAUUUAUAUAUAUAUAUAUCAUUUUUUGGUGUAAAUAUUAAGAUGAUUAGAUAUAUCAUUAAGUUGAAGACACACAUAAUAGUUAGUAUUUGUAGUAAUGCCAAAUUAUUUUACAAUUUUACGUUAUAACAUUUUAAAUAGAUAUUGAUAUUGUAAAUUGGUGGUUCAGUGAUUCAGACUGAAUUAUAUAAUAAAAACAAAAUUUAAAAGUAGCAAACCGAUCGUAACAAACGACGGAUUCAUCCCUGACAAUAGUUUAAGGUGUUUAAAUUUGGGUCAAAUAAUAUGGUAUAAUUUCAGACUAAUUUAUUCUGUAACACUAAAUAUAUUUAUUUUGGGACCGAUCGGAUAGUCGAUAGAAUUUAUAAAAGAAAGAAUAAUGUUACUUUUCUUUUCAACAAAGCAGAAAGUCAAUACAAAGGGAACUCAGUAGUCUUCGAUACGCGAAGCUUCUGGGAGAACGAGGAGCUUCCAUUCAGUUUCUUGGAGUCUUCUCUCCACUCUCUCUUCCACCUCUUCUCCUCGUAUCUGCCAAAAUAUUUUAUCCUUGUCUAAUUAUAAAUUUAUUUUUUCAUAUUAAAAAUAUAACAAUUAAAUGUAUUGUUUAUUCACUACAUAUUUUCCUAUAAUUAUGAACCAAUGCUACUAAUUAAUUUAAUAUUUUCAGUUAAUGGUUUUUAAAAUGUACAACUUAUUAAUAUUAAUUAUUAAAAAUAUUUUAAAUUUUAUUUUAAUUUUUUUGAAAACUAUAUUUGUGGAAACUGAAUUUUUAAUCCUUCUUUUAGGAAUAGAAGAAAUAUUUUUUUUUCUGAACACCUUCCAUUAUAUGUGUUUAUAUAAUAGUGGUAUUAAUCCGCGUUGCAUAAGCUUUUCUUUUUCUUUUGUUGGAUUGUUAUUAUAGAUAGUAUUGAAAACAAUAUGUUUUAUCAAAAAGAAGAAAAGACAAGAAAAUAAAGCGAUAUGUUAUGAAUAUUUUCUGAAACUUCACAUAUAAAGGUUAAAUAAUUUAUGGUUUUCUUGGAGUCAUUAUGCGUUAUUUGAUGAAUAUUAAUUUUCACUUUUUGAAUUAGAAGGGUACUAAAUAUAUUUAUAGGCUAUGAUUUAAUUUAGGAAGGAAUUUAGUAGUUCUAAAAUAUCAACCACUAAUAAAUUUAGUAGUAUGGGCUUCAUAAUAUUUAUAAUUAGCCAACUUAAUAUAUUUAAUUGAAGAUACUUUUUCUGAUAUUUUCUUAGACUACCGUCACUUCAACCUACAAAGCAAAUUUUCAGAUAACUAUUGAUAUACUAGCAGUGUAGCACUAUAUACGCUGGUGUGCAUGUAUAUCAUAGCGAUAUAAACGUGAACUGAAUUAUACCUAAGACCAUGAUUAACGGUGAAACCCAAAUUGCCAAAUGGGUUUUUUAUUAUUAUUAUUUUUAUUUUUUUAUCUUUUUUGUCUGAAUAAAAAAAAAUUAUAUAUAACUCAACCAAUCGCGGAUCGUCAUGUAUUAGUAGGAUCUAUGAACAGUACAAGAAAUAAUCAAAUAGCGAUUCUUAUUCUGGCUAUUCUGCAACCGGUUUUUGCUUUUUUUGUGGCUCUCCGCUUAAGAAACCCACUAAACACCCUCUCUCCCCCGAUAAUCCUACCCUAAUCACAGGAUAUUUUUGGUUUCUAUAUGUUUUGUAAUCAUACAAAUCUAAAUAUUAUUUAAGGCUACUAGCUCAAUUAGAAAAGUAUAACAGGGAAAAUGUAGAGAUCUCCAAAAUCUUAAUUUCAAUAAUAAUAAUAAUAAUAGGGGUUUUUACCUCUACUAAAGAUUAAUCGUAAAAAAACUCUGAACUAAAAAUCCUAUGAAAUAAAACCUCAAAUUUUAAUUCCGUUAACAUAUGUUACCCUCCGUUUUGAAAAACCGUAACGGAGAAUGACAUAUGUUAACGGUUUAUAAGUUGAGGGUUUAUAAUGUUGAAAACUUAGUUGAGGGAUUUUUUUACGAUUUAAAAAUAGUUGAGAGGUUUUAUCACUACAAGUCAUUAAAUGGUUUAAAAAUUUAUUAUCAUUUAUACAUUGUUUUAUAUUGAUAUAAUCCUUUAAAAAUAAUUUAUAAAUUUUAGUACUUUAAUUUAUUAUAAAAUUAAUUUAUAGAUCCUAAAUUAAUAAUUUUUAGUAAUACUUACAACUUAAUAUAACUUCAAAAUAUUAAAUAAUUUGAUAUUUGGCAAUAGUGAUAUAAGAAAAUUUGUGUAUUCAUGUCAUCAUUGUCAAAUAUCAAAUAAUUUGAAGUUUUUAAUUUAUAUUAAGUUUUAAGUAGUGUCGAGGAUAAUUCAUCUAUGAAGUCAAUCUUUAUAUUUAAAGUAGGACGCAUUUUUUUCUAUUUUUAUGGUUUCCGUCUUCCGGCUCAUACUUUCCCCUAUCCCCCC